AUGCCGGACAUUCACGACGGUCGAGCAAGAACAGCCUGCUUCAAUUGUAGAAAGCGCAAGGUGCGGUGUGGCAGAGAAGCUGCCCAUUGCUCCCAAUGUCAGGUCGGAGGACACCAGUGCAAAUAUCCAGACGGGGUGAAGAAGCCUGGUCCCAAGGUUGGCAGCGUUCGUAGAGGGUCGCGACCCAACGUGUCGUCGGGUCAGAGGAAAGAGCGUUGCGGCGCGCCGACGGCAUCAUCAAUAUCCACGGCCAAGGACAAUGGAACUACUACCCAGAGCACCAGUGUCCCAAAGCGUGACAGUAUCGCACCCUCUAUUCAGAGCACGCCGGGCCAGCAGCAGCAGCAGCAGCACGCCGACGAUGUCACAUCGCCGAUCACACGGUGCGCUACAAACACGACCACGGAUGUCCAGUCGGACCGCGAUGACAUUCAGACCAUUUCCUACCUGAUUCACCCGUCGCACGAGGAUCGCCCCCCUGUCCGCUCAAAUGCGGUGCUGACCCAUCUCGACAACACCGGUGCCGAAGAGGAGCUUCUGAUGUUUAGCAUUUUCUUCAUGACGUUCACUGCAUUUCGCCUUUUCCGGGAAUCGACAUUUCGCGAGGAUCUUCGCAAGAUUAGCAGUUAUGUACAGUUGAAGGCGCUACUGACUGCGAUAUUCACAUUUUCACAAAAGUGGAUAGAACACGGCAAUGGGAACAAUGCCUUCACCACCGAGGUGAACGUAGGUCUAUCUUCAUCACAAUACAAUGACCUGGCUGUUUGUCACGUCGACAAGGCCAUUGUGGAAUGUGGUGACGAUCCACCCCCCUUGUGUGUGCUUCAGGCUCUGGUCCUGGUGACUCACUGGUUGUUGAUUCGGAGCGUCCGAGGGCGUGCCUGGCGCUCCAUGGGCCUUUGCAUACGCAUAGCCUACGAAUUGGGGCUCCAUACCAUCGACAGGAGCAGAGAGUUCGAAUCCAGCGAACAGGCGCCAGAGCGAUGGUGCGAAGACGAAGAGCGUCGCCGCACCUGGUGGGCCAUAUGGGAAAUGGAUGUUUUCGCUUCUGUCCUAUACCGCCUUCCGUGCACGAUCUCUUGGAGCUAUACUCAGGUCUGGCUGCCCUCCCCGGACGAAAAUUGGUUUCAAUCGCGACCACAAAAGAGUUGCUAUCUACACUCAGACCCUGUAUCCCGAUCUCGAGAUCUUCAAGCGAGCGGAAACGAGUCAGCAAAGGCAUGGUUCAUUGUACUCAAUUCCUUGAUGGCAGAAGGACAUGCGUUCUCUUCGCAGACAGGCAAUUGGAGUGGCGCUGUCUCAAAAGCACCUACGUUGGGCGGGGAACAAUAUCCAAACGACAACCGAGCUUACCUUGAGCGAUUGAUGAACGCAAUCCAGCUCAGUGCCAUCAGCAUACCUUCGAAAUACAAAUACAGAGGCCAAUACCUGGAUUUCGAUACGUUACGCCAUGGGCAAGGAGAACGCACUUCGACAAUUUGCGCACAGGGCUCGAUAUAUGAGUUGGCCUUGAUGCAAGAGGUGGCAAAACUGAUGACGCUGAAGCACACAAUCUUCGAAAGUGGUAUCGUGACCCUCCUUCGAAAGGCCCAAGAAAUAGGCCUGAGAAGCCAAGGAGACCAGGGGGGCAGAGGCCAGAUGCUAGACAGAUACUUCCGGGCCUCACACGCCGUCUUCAACCUGCUUUUCAACAGCCACGAGGCGCAUAUCCAGUAUGUCAACCCUUUUAUUGCUCAUGCUGCAUGGAUGGCGGCAACCGUGCAGCUUCUUCAGCACGAGUUGACGGUCAACGAGGCGCAAAGGGGGGUCAUACGGUCAAGAUUUGAGUUGUUGAAAGCCGUACACAAGCAAUGGGUCGAGUAUUGGUCAAUGUCUGAAGUGCCAUUGCACUGUCUUGACAUUCUCGAAGCUCAACUGAAGAAAUUGAUACACCUUUCGAGGCAAGGAAUGGAUAAUCAACGAGUCUUGACACUGGCGCCUGUGCCACCAGAAAAGUCCACCACACCACAACGCCCUGGCUCAUCAGCCGCGGAUGGCGAGAAUCGUACUUCUGAUGUGUCGAGACUGAAUGGCCUGACGCAUAAAGGGGCCAGUGGGCGAAAUAGGCCAGUGAUAUCAGGUAACAAGGAGUCUGUAGCUGCCAUCUCUUCCCAAAAUAACCCUGUCAUAGUCCAACAACCCUUGCCGCCGGAGGAGAUGGAGAUAGGUAUAGAGGAAGAGCAUGCUCAUGCGCAUGGAUCGGAGUUUCAAAUGAUAUCCGAGACAGCAGGACGACGAGGGUUCGGUCCAACAACGACUGAUCCGAUGCUCGUGACGAAUACCAGUAGCGCCACCGCAAGCUUCGCUGUUAAUGGUCAGUGGUCAAAAGAUUCCACCGUGCAGAUAGACACGUCGUUGAACGACGCUGCAAUGUGGAGCGACAUGUUCUCGGAGGAACCGGGAAACUUUGGUGGUUUGACCUGUUUCAACUUCCCAACGGACAAUGAAAUGAUAGAAGAAGUAUCGACCUAUCUGGAUGGAAUCUUCUCUGGGCCUUUCGUUGGGUGA